GAAGAAGAAGACCACGAAAAACAAGAAGAAACAGCGGUUGGCUUACAUUCAGGUUACAAAACCAAAGCGGAGCUUCAAAGACACUUGUAACAGUCCGGACUUGGGCUACGAUUGCGUCGCGACGAAUGGGGUUUGACAAGUUCUGCAGUCUGGACAGUUCCGACCCAUUUUGGGAUUGGAACCGUACAUGGUACGCUGCUAACCCCGACCUUACCCAGUGCUUCCAGAACACUGUCCUGGUGUGGCUGCCAUGCCUCUACCUCUGGAUGUGUGCUCCCAUCUACCUCAUCUACCUCCGCAGCCACGACCAUGGCUACAUAUGUAUGACUCACCUCAACAAAGCUAAAACUGCUGUUGGCCUUCUGCUCUGGAUUAUCUGCUGGUCAGAUGUUUUCUAUUCUUUCUGGGAAAGAAGUUAUGGCAGCCAUGUCCCCGCACUCGUCCACCACGUCAGUCCUACCUUACUGGGCCUUACCAUGUUGCUGGCCACCCUGGUAAUCCAGUAUGAACGGAUGAAAGGGGUUCAGUCAUCUGGAGUCAUGUUGAUCUACUGGCUGCUGGCACUGCUGUGUGCCACAGUCACCUUCAGGUCCAAGAUCUUCCAGGCCCUGGACCAGCCGUUGACAGUAAAUGUGUGGAGGUACACCACCUUCUACAUCUUCUAUGCUCUGCUGCUGGUUUCACUGUUCCUGUCCUGCCUGACGGACCAGCCCCCCCUCUUCUCCCAGGCCAUCAAAGACUCGAAUCCCUGCCCUGAGCCUGGAGCUUCUUUCCUCUCUAGAAUAACCUUCUGGUGGAUCACCAAGAUGAUGGUGACAGGGUACAAACGCCCACUAGAGGACAAGGACCUGUGGUCUUUGAACUUGGAGGACCGCUCCCAGAGAGUGGUUCCUCAGCUGGUGCGCCGCUGGAACACAGAGUGCCAAAAGAUCAAAAGGACAGAGCAGAAAACGGUGUACUCCCCGAAGCGGGUCACGCACACUGAGGGCAAAGAGGGCCGAGCCGUUGAAGAGUCUGAAAUCUUGAUUGUAAAAAAAUCCCAGAAAACCAGGGAGCCUUCGCUGUUCUGGGCACUGUGCCUAACCUUUGGGCCCUACUUCCUCAUCUCCUGCCUCUAUAAGAUCAUCCAGGACGUCCUCAUGUUCGUUGGGCCUGAGAUCCUCCGGCUGCUGAUCUGCUUUGUCAAUGACUCCAGCGCCCCCUCCUGGCAGGGCUACUUCUACACCGCUCUGCUCUUCAUAUGUACCUGUGUGCAGUCGCUCAUCCUCCAGAAGUACUUCCACGUGUGCUUUGUCUCAGGCAUGCGUCUGCGCACUGCCAUCAUCGGAGCGGUCUACAGGAAGGCCUUGGUUAUAAGCAGCGCAGCGCGCCGCACCUCCACAGUGGGAGAGAUUGUCAACCUGAUGUCAGUGGACGCCCAGCGCUUCAUGGACCUCAUCACCUACAUCAACAUGAUCUGGUCGGCCCCUCUGCAGGUGGUGCUGGCCCUCUACUUCCUCUGGCAGAACCUGGGUCCGUCCGUGUUGGCUGGAGUGGCUGUGAUGGUUCUGAUGGUUCCUGUUAACGCUGUCAUCGCCAUGAAAACCAAAACUUACCAGGUGGCUCAGAUGAAGAGCAAAGACAACCGCAUCAAGCUGAUGAAUGAGAUGCUGAACGGCAUCAAGGUGCUGAAGCUGUACGCCUGGGAGCUGGCCUUCAAGGACAAGGUGUCGGAAAUCCGUGAGAGUGAGCUUCGGGUCCUGAAGAAGGCCGCCUACCUGGGGGCAGUGUCCACCUUCACCUGGAUCUGUGCACCGUUCCUGGUUGCCCUGUCCACGUUCUCCGUGUUCGUGCUGAUCGACGAGCAUAACGUGCUGGAUGCCCAGAAGGCCUUUGUGUCACUGGCACUCUUCAACAUCCUACGCUUUCCUCUCAACAUGCUGCCAAUGGUCAUCAGUAGCAUGGUGCAGGCCAGUGUUUCCUUAAAGCGGCUCAGAGUGUUUCUUUCCCACGAGGAGCUGCAGGAGGACAGUGUCGAGCACAAAGCACUAGCAGGCUCCACACACAGUAUCUCCAUAGUGGAUGGAGUUUUCAGCUGGUCCAGAGCUGAACCCCCGGCACUCAGCGGGCUGAAUGUGUGCAUCCCAGAAGGCUCUCUGGUGGCCGUGGUGGGACACGUGGGCUCAGGAAAGUCCUCGCUGCUCUCCGCCCUGCUCGGAGAGAUGGACAAACUGGAAGGAAGCGUGGCUGUCAAGGGUUCGGUGGCCUACGUUUCACAGCAGGCCUGGAUCCAGAACUCCACCCUGAAAGACAACAUCAUGUUUGGUCAGGAGAGGAAGGAGGCCUGGUACCAGCGUGUGGUGGAGGCCUGUGCCCUGCAGCCGGACCUGGAGAUCCUUCCUGCUGGUGACGAGACGGAGAUCGGAGAGAAGGGAGUGAAUCUGUCUGGCGGUCAGAAGCAGAGGGUGAGCCUGGCCAGGGCGGUCUAUUGUGACCGGGCUGUCUACCUGCUCGAUGACCCGCUGUCUGCCGUCGACGCUCACGUAGGAAAACAUAUCUUUGAUAAAGUCAUCGGCCCUCAGGGCUUGCUGAAAGACAAGACUCGUGUGCUGGUGACCCAUGGGCUGAGCUACCUGCCCCAGGCCGACCUGAUCCUGGUCCUGGUGGAGGGCCAGAUCACAGAGAUGGGCUCCUACCAGGAUCUCAUGGCCACCCAGAGAGCCUUCGCCGAGUUUAUGCAGACAUACGCUGCCGUCGAGCACACUGAUGACAACGAACCUGUGCCAAAGAGUGGAACCAAAGGAAUAGAGAACGGCAGUGCAACUGUUGUUGGCAGUCCGGGUGUCAGCAGUGUGUCCAAACCGUCCCAGACGGCUGAGGAGAACAAGGUGCUGAGCAAGAAAGCCAAGGACCCCGAGGUGGGCAAGCUGACGGAGGCUGAUAAGGCCAGCACUGGACAGGUCAAGCUGUCUGUGUUCUGGGCUUAUCUGAAAGCCAUCGGAGCGCUUCUGUCCGUCAUCAGUCUGCUGCUGUUCCUCGCCCUUCACCUGGCCUCACUCUCCUCCAACUACUGGCUGAGCCUGUGGACCGACGACCCCGUGGUCAACGGCACUCAGCCCUACAGACUGAUGAGACUCGGGGUGUACGGAGCUCUCGGCCUGUCCCAGGGUGUGGCAGUCUUUGGCUACUCCAUGUCCACGUCCAUCGGGGGCAUCCUGGCGUCCCGCUGCCUCCACCAGUCCAUGCUGUAUGACGUCCUCCGCUCACCCAUGUCCUUUUUUGAGCGAACCCCCAGCGGUAACCUGGUCAACCGCUUUGCCAAGGAGAUGGACACCAUUGACUCCGUGAUCCCCAGCAUUAUUAGGAUGCUCAUGGGCUCGAUGUUAAACGUGUUGGGGUCUUGUGUUAUCAUCCUGAUCGCAACACCGCUCUUAGCUAUCAUCAUUCCUGUUCUCGGCCUGCUUUACUUUUAUGUGCAGAGGUUUUACGUGGCGUCAUCUCGCCAGCUGAAGCGCCUGGAGUCAGUCAGCCGUUCGCCCAUCUACACCCACUUCAAUGAGACACUGCUGGGCACCUCUGUCAUUCGAGCCUUCGGUGAACAGGAGCGCUUCAUCCGAGAGAGUGACCAGCGGGUGGACCACAACCAGAAGGCCUACUACCCCAGCAUAGUAGCAAACAGGUGGCUGGCUGUUCGCCUGGAGCUGGUAGGAAACUGCAUUGUGUCCUUUGCGGCUCUGUUUGCUGUCAUAGCCAGAGAGAACUUGAGUCCCGGCAUCAUGGGGCUGUCCAUCUCCUAUGCCCUUCAGCUGACCACCUCUCUGACCUGGCUGGUGAGGAUGUCGUCUGAUGUGGAAACCAACAUAGUGGCUGUGGAGAGAGUCAAGGAGUACAGUGACACGGAGAAGGAGGCGGAGUGGAAGCACGAGCCCUCCAGCCUCCCCCCGGGGUGGCCCACGGACGGCUGCAUCGACAUCAGAGGCUUGGGCCUGCGCUACCGCGACGAUCUGGAUCUCGCCAUCCGCAACAUCACCAUCAAAAUAAACAAAGGAGAGAAGGUGGGGAUUGUGGGGCGCACUGGAGCGGGGAAAUCCUCCCUGAUGCUGGGGCUGUUCCGGAUCAUCGAGGCAGCUGAGGGCCACAUCUUCAUUGAUGGGGUGGACAUUGCUCAGCUGGGCCUCCAUGAACUGCGUUCCAGAAUCACCAUCAUACCACAGGACCCAGUGUUGUUUUCAGGCUCUCUGAGGAUGAACCUGGAUCCUUUUGACAGCUACUCUGACGAGGGAAUAUGGAGGGCUCUGGAGUAUUCCCAUCUCAAGAGCUUUGUGUCCGGCCUGCCAAACAAACUCAACCAUGAGUGUAGUGAAGGAGGAGAGAACCUCAGUGUGGGUCAGCGCCAGCUGCUGUGCCUGGCCAGAGCUCUGCUGAGGAAGACCAAGGUCCUGGUUCUAGAUGAGGCCACAGCAGCCGUGGACAUGGAGACAGACAACCUGAUCCAGUCCACCAUCCGCUCUCAGUUUGAGGACUGCACCGUCCUAACGAUAGCUCAUCGCCUGAACACCAUCAUGGACUACACCAGGGUCCUGGUGCUGGACAAGGGAGAGAUGGCAGAGUUUGACUCUCCCUCCAACCUCGUCGCUCAGAGAGGAGCCUUUUACAAGAUGGCCAAGGACGCUGGGCUGGUAUGAAGCAGGCGGGGCCUCCCUUUGUUCAGCUGCUCCUGUGAGCCCCCACCCCCCCCCCAGCUCCUCUGCUCUCCGUCGUGGACGUCCCAGUUUCAGACUGAGACGCAGAUAAAGUAGGGGAAAUGUUAAGAUUUUGAUUGUGUGAUUAUGCAAGCAAGUUUGUCGAUGAGAACGGGUUUGAUUUGAUCCACUCCACCAUACACAGUCCUCAUUUAACCCCCCAUGGAUGGUGGCUGUUUCUUCCCGUUAGUCCAGAUCAGGUCUAUGUACCCCCUGUUUCUUCCCGUCAGGCCAGAUCAGGUCUAUGUACCCCCUGUUUCUUCCCACUCCUUUCACCUUCUUUUACUGCCAUUACUGCCAUGGACCAGGGGUGAUGGGUUCUAACAAAGGACAUAUUGUACACAGAUUUAUUUUGACACAGAUUUGUACCGGUGCUCGAUCCAGGCAGGGGGGGUUUACUUCUCCACAGACAGAAGUCCGUGCAGUCUGUCUCACAUACAGUUCACUUCUGGUUGUAGUAACCAGCGCUGAGGUCAGGAGCAGGGCUGCACGAUGCACGCAAUAUCUAAUUGCGAUUAUUUUUGACUGAUAUUGCAAUAUUAUUAACGAUAUUGGAGGGAAUGGUUGUUUUUUUGUGUCAUGUAUUCCCAUUUUCAUUGAAAAUGAUUAUAGUGUGAUUUUUGUCCCAAACAAAGAUUUUUUUCUUUAGUCUGUAGGAUACGAUGUGUAGGCCGGGACGUCUCUGCAGCACCACAACACUUCAUUCAGAAUGGUUUGACACAUAUUUUGCCAUUAACAAAUUUGCAAUUAAUUGUGCAGCCAAAGUGAGGAGGGGACAGAAAGGCGGUGUUCCUGUAUAAACAAACCAUUUUGUGCCAAAGACCGCCCUAAACUCGAUUCGGGAUGCUGCUAACGUAGGCGGCACAUUCACAUGGGCGUAUGGAUAUUGUUAUUGUCCAAACAGAGUACUAAGCUCAACAAUUGCUUUGUCCCAAUUCCAUACUACAUAAUAAUUGUAUACAGUACACUCUGUAUACUGAUCUUUUGCUGUAUUUUACAGUUAGUAUUCAAAACAUCAACCUACUUCACAGGGAAAUAUACAAUCUGUGGUCUGCACUCCAUUAAAUGGAUAAGGCUUGCACUAUUCUAUAUUUUCUUUAUCAAAUGAAAAAUUAAAUUAAAGCUGCAAGCAGCGAUGUGGAUUUCCUAACUGUCUGACAGUGCGCGCAAUUUAAGGAAGAUCUGUGGAGUCCCCUAGGAGGAAUUUUAAAAUGUUUCAUGCCUGUAAAGGGCCUAAAUUUCCAUGUUGUCACAUGACCUAUGACAUCAUUGUUCGAAAUGUCCAAAAUUCCUUCGCUGUCUAAGAUUACAUCAGUCGGAGGAUUACGCCAACCAAAAAUAAAACUAAGAGCAACAUGUGUAACAGAUUUUGUGAAUAUGGAAGGAAGUAUAAAUCAAGGCCUUCCAUGCUUUAGGGUGUGCUGUGGAGCCCGCUAAACACACACAUGGACCAAAUCUUAAAUAAAGUCUUGCUAUGCUCACAGGUUUUGUUUUUGAGGAUAUUAAAUCAUCAAAAAUGUAGCCAAGGGCCAAAAGUAAUGAGGGGGUGCUCCUGAGCCACAAUGGCACGCCCAAGCCCAGAUGUGACACCAAUCUAAAUAAAUACUAGUUUGAACAUUGCUGCAAAAUUUGGGGUUUUGUGCAUCCUAAAGUCUUCAAACUUGUUCGUAAAAUAAAAAAAUGAAUGCAACAAUAUUCAAGAUUGCUGACUUCCUGUCA